AUGGAUCCUAGAAAUCCUUAUCGUUUGUCAGAUGAAAAUUUUGUUGAUCUUUUGAAUUCUCAAAAAGUUCCCAACGUUUCUGAUAAUCUGAACCCUCCACAUUCUGCUCAAUCCUCUCAGCCGAUUCAAUUUAGCAACCCAUUUUCUUCUCAGCCACCCCACUUUACCUCAACAUUCUCUUCUCAGCCACCCCACUUUACCUCAACAGUCUCUUCUCAGCCACCCCAUUUUAGCUCAACAUGCUCUUCUCAGAAUCUUUACUUUAGUCCAACAUCCGAUACUGAAGACUGUAUUGAGGUUGAAGAGACUGAAGAAGACGGAGGCAGAGGAAGUAGGAAGAGGUGGACUGCAGAGGAGGAUGUCAACCUUAUAAGUGCUUGGUUAAACACAAGCAAGGAUCCAGUUGUAAGUAAUGAGCAGCGGAAAUAUAGUUUCUGGCAGAGAGUUGCAAAAUAUUACAAAGCAAAUGAUGGAUCAGCCGCCUCAAAUGCAAGAGAGCAAUCACAAUGUAAGGCUAGGUGGAACAAGAUAAACCACCAAGUCAACAAGUUUGUGGGAUGUUAUGCACAAGCGUGUACAAGAAGGAAGAGUAGAGAAUCAGAAGAUGAUGUCUUGAGAAUGGCGUAUGAGCUUUACAAUAACGACAUGAAGAAGCCAUUUCUCCUUGUACAUUGCUGGAGGGAGUUGAAGCACGAUCAGAAAUGGAUCACUGAAGAAUGUAGCCACAAGCGGACUAAGCUUGCAUCUGAGGCUCCUACUUCGAGCAAUGAUGGAGCUGAGAAGAGGCCUCCGGGGGUUAAAGCUGCUAAGAACAAAGGGAAAAGCCACAAGUGGACUAAGCUUGCAUUUCUCAAGUUUUUUCUCUUCACUUUCCUCCUAUCUUCACUACUCAAACUCCUCCUUUACCAAAGAAAACUCCUUCUCUAUUAG